AUGAAGAUCCCAACUUUGCUCCAAUCAACCAUCCCGGCCACCCAUCUGGCAGAUAACAUAGUGCUCAAGUUGCUACCAAAACAGAAACCCCACCUCCCCGUUGUUCGUGGAAUCACGCUUUACAACACAACAUUCAAAACACUCCAGCUCUUACUCACCUCGUUCUACCUAAACCCGCAGGUUCGUCUACAUAUCACCCACAUAAACAUCGAAGAACCAACAGGAUCGCUCUCCAGCAACGACAUGAUCAACCUGUCCAUCCAGAACAACCUGCUCAACGUCGACAGCUCCCAGCAAACCUCUCCGUACACCACCAAAAUCACCGUCAAAUGGCGAACCUGUCUCAACGGGUGUCUGCAUCUCCGCGACAACAAGACCACCAGCGCCCAGCUUGGAGCGUUCAACCUCGACAACAUCAACUUCCUCCACCUUAACAGCCCGGUGCCCAACCUUACCAAGCUGAGCGACAACUCCAUCGAGCGUGUGGUCUCGGGGAUUUUUGUUUUCGAGCUCAACGACGCAAACGACAAAAUAGCCGUCCAUUGCAUCGACAACUGCGAAAUUAUCGAAAACAAACAGCCUUCGCCAAACCCCGACAACAUCGGGUUCGUCCCGGGAGCUUAG